AUGUCGCAUUGUGGUGCUCAGAUUUGUGUGAUGUUUCGCUACCUGGAUGAGUACGUUUCGUCUGUCAAAGGACAGGAUAGUUCUAACUGGCCUAUAGCGGAUAUAGGAAAGUCAACGAAGCUAUGGAAUGAUGGACUCGUAGAGUCAAAAGAAGCUGCUUUCGUGGAAAGUAAUACUGAUGAACCCACCAAUUUUGGAAGCACGACUGGAUUUUCGGGGACAGGUGGAACACUAGAUCAAAGUCCAAGUUCUAACAGGGGUGAAUCUUUUCUUGAGCCUAACGCCCCAGGUUUGAAAACGAUGAACGAAGUUGUAGACUUAGAGAACAGCACAUUCCUGAAAAAGGUUAGAUCAUUAAUAUUGGACAAUAAUAAAGCUUCCAAGUCGAACAGAAAAGGUCGCUUUGAAUCAGAAAGAGGAAAAAUAAACGCUGGCAACUCAGAGUUACCAACCUUAUCAGCUCUGGAAGAUGGAGAAAUCUUUGAAUCAGGUUUGUUGAUUGAAGAUUGCGAGUUUCGUAAUAACACAGGAUUUGUCUCUAGUAAUGCUGCUUUAGAAGUACACUCGGAACCAUACAUCAGUCUCGGUGGCAAUUUUAUUGCUCACCUACUCGUAAGAAGGUGUGUAUUUAUAGGGAACGUAGCUGAGGGUGGCACUGGAGCACUUUACGUAGCUGUUAAUAUGAGAGUCAACAUUUCCAAUUCGACGUUCCACAAUAAUGCAGGAUCUGCGUCCGGUGCAAUAAACUUUCGUGGUACGACAUUAGUUAUCCAAAAUUGCACAUUGGAUAGCAAUUCUGGUGGCUAUGCCUUUUACACCCAGGCUACAGGAAGUGUGAGACUAACCAAACAAGGCACAGCCUUGAUCCAAGAUUCACGGGUAAUCCAACGCAAUAUAGUCCAGGCAGUCUCGAACGUGCGAACCUAUCAUAGUAGCCUUGCCUUAUCAAGUGAUUCAUUUGAUAACAUUGUCUUGUCGAAUUCUGUGAUCAAGUGCCAGUGGUCACCUUCCUUAGAGAAAGUUGUAGUUCUAGAGGUAGCACAUACAAAACAUUUUGUGCUGAAGGACGGUGCGUCUAUCGAAUGUCCUUUGGGUUAUGAAAUCAAACGUCGCACAAUUAGUGAGUCUGAACAGAGUUUUGAAUGUGAUCUUUGUGCGAUGGGUAGUUACAGCGUUGGCCGUGGGAUAUAUAGGUAAGGAUAUAACACAAGGUAAAAUAAUGUUAUUAUCAUACCAUACUAUACCAUAACACAUCGUACCAUACCUUACUUUACCAAUAAACAAUCCAGAAGACAACAUCUUCUUUCUAUCUUUGCCUCCUUCACUCUUAGCAAACAGUCAUAUUUUUUAGAUCAGUGGGAGGUCCACCCGUGAACCAUAGCUAUGCGCCCGUGAUUAUGAUGACAUUUUAGACUCGCUAAUGCUUUCCUCUUCCGGGGUGUAAAUAGCCGGGCGGAAUAAGUACUCUCGUUUGUCUUCUGGAUUGUCUGUGCUUUACUACUCGUUUACAUAUUUGCCAUAAUUAGUCGUACCAAUUUUCAGGUGACGUCCAGAGGAGGAAUGAGGGUACUUUAAAACAUGAAUUUACUCCAUAAAACCGAAGAGUUAUCGCGGUUUGAAAAUGAGCUAUUUUUGCUAAUUAUCGAAUAUAGCAAAAAUAGCUCAUUUUCAAACCGCGAUAACUCUUCGGUUUUAUGGAGUAAAUUCAUGUUUUAAAUACAAUUUACUCCAGAAUAUUUCAAUGCCACUUUUUCAACACCCAAAACAUGUAUAAAUACAAUGGGAAUUUAACAUAAGUAAAAUGCGAUAUAUAUACAAAAUUAUUCAAAACUUCUUUUAUUAAAUUACUAAACAAAAAGGUUAUCAAAACAUACAUUUGAGAAAACGAGAUCUUCACAGCAAAAAUCGCAAUAUAUUUCAACAGUUUUUAAUCGAACGGCGUGUUGAGAAUAAAUAGCUUGAAUAGCGUUCGAAAGACCCUCAUUCCUCCUCUGGGUGACGUCCAUGUUGACAAAAACGUCGCUUUCUUUCUUUCGCUCACUAAUAACACCAGAAAGCUGCGGUUUGAGAAGGUUUCAACUACCUGAAAAACACAAGUAAAACUCCAACAUUUCAAGGUGCAACUAACUUCCCGACGAAGACGAAGAGCCUUCGCUCGAAACGUCGAAGUUUUACUUGUAUUUUAAGAUAGUUGAAUCCUUCUCAAUCCGCAGCUUUCUGGUCGAGGAAAACGGCUACCUUACCUUUAUCUUACAGUUCUUUAUUAGUCUUGUCAUUUUCGUUGGUGGAGAUUUUGAGUGAAAAACUAAUAAACAUUUCAGACAUACUGAGCUGUUGUAAAGUAGGAGGUGCAGAUAGUUCGUCGCUCAAAAUUGCGAUCCAGGAAUGUCACCUUGUUUUGGCGGGCAAUAUGUCCAAUAUUUAGAUUCAUUCGCAUUGUUGUAACUCAUUGAUCACCUUAUAUGAUAUAUCUCCUCGUCUUAUUUCGUACGUAGAUACAACAGAAAUCACUCGGUGGAAUGCCUACUGUGUCCUUACGGAGCAAGAUGCACGAAAGGUCUUGAAGCAUUACCAAAUUUCUGGGGAUACAAAAUCCAAAACAACCCUCCAACAAUACAGUUCUCUCGAUGUCCAAUGGGAUAUUGCUGCCAGGCAAAAGGCGGACGUAAAGGUUGUGUUCCGUAUGACACAUGCAACUCUGGUCGCCACGGUAGACUCUGUGGCACAUGCCUUCCAGGUUUCACGGAAACACUCUUCACAUCUUCAUGUCGAAAAUCCGAAAAGUGCAACGAUUAUUGGUUUUGGCCGAUAGCGGUUAUCUUCGUGUUAGGUUUUACCCUCUACCUUAUUAUCGAACCUGAUAUUCCCGCUACUCUCUACCGCAGCAUCACCUGGUUUCGAUCAAAUCCACCUCAGGUCGCUGAACCUGACUCACCUUCGCAAUCAGGUCUAGAACGCAUUGUGUUCUUCUAUUACCAAGCCAUCGAUAUUCUGACCGUGCAAAGUUCCAACAACAUCGUUUGGGAUAACCAUUUUACCCAAUUCACUGUGGGCUUGUUCAAUUUUGACACGCGUUUAAAUCGAGAAGGUUUUGCUUGCCCUUUUCCAGGUUUAAACCCUGUUUCAAAAUUUCUGUUUCACACUCUUGGCGUUUUUUCGGUUCUGUUUGCAAUUCCGUUGAUUUUCCUUCUACAUAAGACAAUGUCUUUAUGUUUUCCCUUUCGCUCUGCCGAAAAUGGUGUAUAUCUAUCAGCCUUACUUAAAAAUGUGUUUCUGGGCUACACUGUACUGGCUAGGAACAGCUUAACUCUACUGCAUUGUGUUACUGUUGAAGGUGUAAAUUGUUUGUUUGUGAAUUGUAACAUAGAAUGCUACACUUGGUGGCAAAAACUCAUAGGCACUCUGGUUCUUAUCUAUUUUCUACCAUUUGUAUUGGUUUUAUUCUUCGGCGCUAAAAAACUGUAUCGAAGGCACAUCACUGUAGCUCAUUUUUUCUUCGCUUGCUUAUUCCCUGUACCAUUUCUGUCAUACUGGUUUUUAAAUCGACGUCAUCUUGGCGAGGAAAUUGUACCGGAUACGGGUGGGCAAACUGCCAUCACUUCUGUUCUGAUUGGUUCAUACCGUAUUCCAGAUCACGUCAGCCCUGGUGCUAUUUAUUGGGAAAGCGUUAUGAUUGGUCGAAUGCUUCUUCUCAUACUCGCUGCUAUCUUAGUCAAAGACCCAUUCCUAAGUUCGUUGGCUUUACUACUUCUAUGCAUCAUUAAUUUUUCAUUGCAUAUUUAUGUCCUGCCGUUUGAGCGUGUUUUACAUAACCGUGCUGAAAGUAUAUCGUUGUUUUGCCUCGUGCUCAUGGCAGUGUUUAAUCUACCUUUCAUGGCGUAUCUCUCAGAAGGCGUACUGCCUGCCGGCCCAAUGUCACAUGUCAUGGACGUUUUCAUGUGGUGCCAAGUUGUUCUGGUCGGGUUUCUCCCUUUAAUCUGUGUUCUGUUAUUUUUUGUUGCUAUAUUUUCACAGUUUGCGAGGUUAAUGUUCUAUCUCACAAAAGGUAUUCGGUUUGCGUUCUCUUGUCUCGCUUCUUCUCGCUGCUUUGGCAGGAACCGACCACAGGGGGAACUCGAUGACCCAUUAAUGUGA